UCAACGGUUUUUGUGUAAUUGUUUGUUUGGGGUCUUUCGGUUUGCAACUUUACGAUUGUAUUAAAUAAUUCGUAAAAUAUAUCUUACAACGUGCUAGUAAGUAGUAGUAGUAAUGCAGUUUAUGAAUUGUGAUUGUGGUGAAUGAAACAAAAAUUAAACCAUGUCAAGUUUAAGAGUACCUUCGCCCUCUCGUUCUCACGGUGUGGCAUCACCGAGGCCUCAUAAAUCCCGUCGCACAAGGAGUGUAUGUUCUGCUACAUCCAAUACAUCAUUACGCCUCACCACAGUAAUUCAGGACUCAUUUAGAUUCUCACCGAUGUCAAACAGAAGGUCUGUGUUGAAUGAUGAGAGUGAUAUCCAAAUACCUGGUCGGCAAAGUUGGUGGAGAAGAAUAGGAGACAACUCCAGAAAUGUGACUGAAAUAAUGGAGAAUAGAGACAAUGAAGAUAUUGUGAAACUGACAAAUAUUGGUGAAGAAUUUGAUGUUGAAAUAUUAAGCCAAGAAAAUGAAAACUUGAGUGUAGAUUUGCCGGAGAGCAGUGACGGUGAAUCUAUUCACAGCAUAGUUAUUCCUCAACGUAAAAUGUUCACAAAACAAGAUAAUCGUCCUCAAAAAAUAUGUAAGAAUAUCAACAAAGUCAAUUUACCAAAAACUAGGAAAAGUUACUUUGACGAGACAAAUAUAGACCAAGAUAUCAAUGUUAUGCCCAAGAAACUUUUCAAUCAAGGUAAACCAAGAACAAAACCUGUGUUCACUGCUGCCCUACUCAAUGCAUCAGCAAAUAAAACAGUUAAUAAAAGUAUAGAAAGGCCCUCACAAGAACCACAAGGGCAAGUUCGUAAUCUUUUUGGUAACAGACCUGGUACUAAACGAAAAAACGUUUUUUCUGCAUUCCUUUUAAGUGAUAGUGAAGAUGAAAUCCCUGAUAUACAACCUAAGUUAUUCGGAUUUUCAAAGAAAAUGGAAAACCAACAGACAUCCAAACAGAGAAGAUCAGCUUCUCAAAGUUCAGUCCACUCAAAUAUAACUGAUGCAGAAAUGGACGAAUGGGAACAUCUUCCUUCAUCAACAAUGGUUGAACAUGACUUUGAAGCUGGUGAGACAACACCUUUAAAAAGAAGAAGAUCAAGUCGGUUAACAAAGCCUGAACAAUCCGAAAUUGCAAGUGAAAAUAAUAUCAUAAACAAAUCAAUGCAGCCAAAUCAGUCACCCAAGUCAAAUAAAUCAAAUCAUUCAAACAAAUCAAAUCAGCAAAUAAACUCAAAUUCUAAAGGAAUUUAUACAGAAACUGAAGACUUAAAUAUUAUUACAACUCGCUCUCAAAGUUUAAACAAAUCGAAAAACAGCAGUAUUAUUAUGACAAACAAUAAAUCUCUAAGAGAAGUUUCAAUAAAUAAUAGUUCAAAACUUGUGCAGGAUAUUUCAGUGUGUAUAACAUUGACUGGAGAAAAUAUGGAAGUAGAGGAUGAAAAUGAGAAAACACUUACAGAACAAGAGCAUAGUGGUGAAGUUGAUAAUGAAGAUUUUACCUUAGAAUAUGAAAAUGAUGAUGAUAAUGAACAAAUUUUGGAUUUAAAUAUGAGGGAAGGAAAUAAUGAACAAGAACUUAAAGCAACCGACGAACAACAACUAGAAACAGCACCAGAAGAAAAUAAAAGUGCGCAAGAAGAGGUAGUAGUACAAAGUCCUCAUGAUGAAGAUGCUACUGAACAAGAAAAUAUGAUAAAUAAAGAAGAAAUAGUACAAAGGUUUCAUAAAGGAAAUGAAAUUGAGAAAGAAAAUGUAAUCGAAAGUGAACAAGAUAGUGAAAACGAACAAGAUAAUAUAUUACAAAGUAACAAAGAAGAAAUUGAAUACGAACAAAAAAAUAAAGACGUUCGUGAAAUAGAGCACAAGAAAAUAGAAGAAAGUAACCACGAAUUUAUAGAGAAUCAAGAAACAGAAGAUAGUCGUAAUAAAAUAAUGCAAAUGUAUAAUAAACCAACACAAAUCAUUGACAACAUAGACCCUGAGCGCGUUGAAAAUGAUGCAGACAAUCAUCAGUUAAGUGAAAAUGGUUAUGGGCUAACAAAUAAAAGCCAUAAAACGAAUGAUCAUUAUGAUAAACAAGCUGACAGCAAGAAUGUCGGUGAUAACGAAAACGAACAAGUAAAUGCAGAUGCAAAUGAACAACCGAAUAGUACUUACGAUACUACAGGAAGAUUCAGAAAAGACAAACGCGGAGUACAAUCUCCUGAAGCUGUCUUGCAUGAUAAAACUAAUAGGGGAGAGUCGUUUACUACGCAUGGCCGUAAUACUAGUAUUAGUAAAUCAAAAACUAUGAUCAAAGAGCUUAAUAUACGACCUAGCUUAUGUCCAGCAAGAGAAAGCACAGGACUAAUAGAUUCGACUUUAAGUUCAAGCGCUGAAGGCUCAGGUUGGGACUCACACAGAACAACUCGUAAAACAUUACGGCAGACUUUUGGUAAAGAUUUUACUCCUAGAAAAUCUUUGCGUACUCUGGUUAUGGAAAGAUCGGCGAAACGACAGGCUAAUCAAGAUCAAGUAUCGAAUACGUCUAAACGUCAGUCCAAUUUUAAUGAAAUUGUAGAUAAAUCUAAACAAGACAACUUAAAUGAUAUUACAUCAGGUACUAUAAACAAGCCUAUGGCCAACUCAACGGAAUAUCCUGAUUUUGAGUCUUGUCGAGAACAAGAGCAACUUACAGAAUUUGAAUCAGAUAUAGAGCAUGAAAAUGUCGAAGAAUUUCGAAUGGUUAAAGUACAAGAGCAAGUUGAAAAAUUAGAAUGUGUAAUAAAUCAAGAGCAAAUUGAAUCAGGUAAAGAACUGCAGGAAGCUAUAGAAUUGAAAUCCAAUGGUCAACAAGAGCAACUAGAAGAAUUAGAAUCGGAUAGAGAACGAGAGCAAGAAGAAGAAUUAGAAUCUAAUGAAGAACAAGAGCAAGAAGAAGUAUUAGAAUCUGCUAGAGAACUUGACCAAAGUAAAAAUUUUGAAUCUAGUAAUCCACAAGAUGAACUAUUAGAAUCGGACAGAGAACAAGAGAGAGUUAAAGAAUUAGAAUCGAGUAUUGAACAAGAUGAAGAUUUAGAAUCGGAUGGGAAACCAGGUAACCUAGAAGAACUAGAGGAUAAAGAACAAGAUGAGUCUGAAGAAUUAGAAAUUGAUAAAGAGCAAGAAUUUGAAGAAUCUGAAUCAGAGAAAGAACAAGAAGUUGAAGAAUCUGAAUCAGAGAAAGAACAAGAAGUUGAAGAGUCGGAAUCAGAUAAAGAACAAGAUCAAGUGAAUGAACCAGAAUCGGAUAGAGAACAAGAUGAAGAAUUAGCAUCGGAUAGAGAGCAAGAGGAAGUUGAAGAAUCUGAAUCAGAUAGGGAACAAAACAAAGAUGAUUUUGAAUCAUUUAGUGAGCCACAGCCGAUGGUCGACGAAGAGUCAAUGGAGGUAUCGAAUCACGAGCUGUCGAGGCAGUUGAGACUGAACACUCUAGAAAGGUACUUGCUAAAAGUUAAGCAAGAGAAGGCAGAGUCGCGACGUAAAAUGCAGGAGCAGGUCAUGAACUCGCUUAAAAUGGCCAGAAAACCCUAUAACCCGUUCAAAAUGCCCGAACUACCAAAACAAAGGCAAGCGACAAAAACUAUUAAGAAAGCAGCCAAGCCAAAACCAAAGCCAUCUCCGUUCUCCACUGGUUUGUUACCUCCAGAGUUCCUGGAGGAUAUGAAGUAUAAACCUCCAAAGAGGUUCCAAGGGAAGAAUGCACCUUGGAUCACAAAGAGACUAUACAAGUAUUUGGAAGAUAAAUUGGAACCAAAUUACGACUAUCGCGCUCGAGUCCGUGCGGAAAAACUAGUGGAGAAGCUGUACCAUUUUGCCAAGGAUGUGCGGAAGUGCCGCGUCGCUCCGCCCGAGGCAAUUGCGGAACUGAAACACGAGAUGGCACGACUCGGUAUCGUGAAAACCCACCACGAGUUCUAUUGCUUCUUCCACGAGUUCAUGCCCAGAGAAAUAAGAAUCAGGGUAAACCCAGAUAUUUUGAACAAAAUACCAGCACCGAAAAGAGUGUUCGCCAACAUCUUAGAGGAUGAUCAUUUAUGAGGGCAAAUUUUUGAAAAGCAUGCCUUGAGGCCCUCGUAAUUCAAGCCCACCAACUUGCAUUGGAGAUGCAUGGUGGCUCUAUAAUCUCUCUGCUAUGGGGGAGGCCUGUGCCUAGUGUUUCUUUUAUUUCACAUAAUUUGGUUAAAAAAUUAUUGAAACAUUAUUUCUUUAAUUCGUCUUUUUUUCCAAUGAACAGUAGGCUACCUUAAUGGUUUUAGAGUUGCUGGAUUCGAUUUCCGGGCCGAGAUAUUGGAGCAGUGUGGUUAUUUGUGCUCGCAAUCACUGCAGUUUAUCAUUUGUGGAAACAAGUUCAAAAUAACAACAAAAUAUUUAGCAACACAACCGAACUACACACAUUUAAUUUAUUUAAAAAAUUGGCAAUAUCACUCUGUAUAAGUACUGGACCAAUACGUUCUAUCAAUAUACCUUAUCCAAAUCAGUUUCAGGCGUUUGGAAGAAAUAAAAACCCACAUAUGUAUGUGGGUUUUUAUUUCUUCCUAUUUAUACAUUCGACCCUGAAAACAAUGUUUUUUAAAGCAGUCUUGUUAGCUUUGUAAUAAACUGUAUGGCAUGAUCCGUCAUACGCCGGUCCGCCCAAAUUCAGAAUGUCAUUGUGCUUAUUAGUUAUUUAUUGAAUGAACUGUUGUUGGAACAUGGUUAUUAUUCAUAGAAUUAAGAACAUACGGGACCCUCGUUCGCCCAUUUUUACAUGAAGUGCAAUGUGUCCAAAACAGUGAAAACGCACCGCGUUAAACUUUCUCAUUUUACCCAUUCUAUGGUAAAUGAUUAAUUAGAACAUUAGAGGUAAAAUAAUUACUAUAAACUGUUAAUUGGCUUGUCUAGAAACACUACUA